AUGUCAAAGCUACCAGUUCUUGCUAAAACUUUAGUUGAUAUGGGACACAAGCGAGUUAGAAAAAACCCUCGCGUUUAUCAAAAAGCGAAAGGAAAAUUUCUAAAAGUACGACAACCUACCCCAGUUGAUCCAGUGGAAGAUGCACUUUCCAAAAAAUGGUGGGUUGAUUACCGACUGCAGUAUGAAGCCGUCAGGAGUCUUUUUCGAUAUGAAAUCAAUCGUCAUCAAAUGGAAGCUAUUUCUGCCUCACGAAUAGAUCAUGAACAUGAGCGUAAUAGACGUCAUGAGCUAACAGAAACCUGGAACAAAGAGACCUUUCUACUAGCCACAGAUAAAUUUGAAAGGCUCUUAAAAGCAUUGAUUGAUAAGCAAACUGAUAGGCUAAUUGAUUUUGAAAAUAAACAGGCAAAGUUAUCAGACAAAUUAAAAGCUGACCUUGACACAGUAGCUAUGUUAACUGGACAGAUGAUUACGGAAACAAAUUUGGAUGAUAAAAUUGACGAAAUCAUGAAUUAUGAUGUUGUUGAUUAUAACUUCGUGGUUGAUCAUAGUGGUAAUAUUGUUCGAGGAACAAAAGCAAUAAAGAACGAACUUCAUAAAGUUGGUGUGGAGGAAAAUAUACAAGAAGAACCUUUGUCUGCUACAUCAUGA